AAAUCACUCUAAAGAAGAUGUAGAGGAAUUUCUAGAUGAUGGUGAUAAUGAUGAUCCAGAAAAACCAGGAAUUUUAGAUGAGUUUAAAGGAUAAGCCAUUCUUCCUUAAGUUCCAUUCAAAACUGUAGAAGAAGAACUUUCAAAAUUUAGAGCAAAUAUGUAUAGAUUUGCAGAUGGAGAAUGGAAGGUAUUUUAAUAUUAGAAUUAAAUUUAGGAAAGAGGAGUUGGAGAUUUGAAAUUCUUAAAAUAUUAGCAAACAAAUAAUAUUAGAUUAUUGAUGAGAUAGGAUAAAACUGGUAAAGUCAUAGCAAAUCACUUCAUUACACCAUAAGAACGAUUCUGUAAAUUAGUUUAACUCAAAACUGUUUAUAAAACAUGGAUUUGGACAUGUUAUUGAUGCUUCUGAUGAAUAAGCAAAGGUUUGGCAAUUAUGUGUCAGAUUUACCAAUCCAGAAGAAGUAGAAAGAUUUAAAACAGAAUUUCAAAAGGCUUAUGAUAAUAAUAAAAUGGAGCCAGAACCAGAAAAAAAAUAAGAGUCAAUUUAAUAAAUAAUAUUACAUAUAAUGA